GCUUCUGCCUGUGUGAAGUGAAACUUUGCUAUUUUUCUGGACGACGAAUCCGGCGGUUUUUCUACAACCCCGGAACCCCGCGUUUACAGACGCACACGGACGAACGCUCGCACCGCCGGAUCCCCCCCCGGCUUGGUCUGGCGGCGGUCGCCGGAGCCGAGCGGCGGCGUCUUCAGCUCCGCUUCUCCCCGAUCGCUGGGUCUUCCCUGGAAGUUGAUGGCGGUAGCGAGCGCCGCCUGACAUUGCGAUCGCACCGACUGCCGCCGUCGCCCUAUCGGAGCCGCCAGCCAUUCUGGCAAAUCAAAUGGAGAAGCUCCAGGAUCUGAGCCAAUCAGAGCUACAGGAGCUGCUGGACAAUGCGGAGAGGGUGGAGUCCAUGGCUCUGGAAUCUGAUGAGAUCCAGAACAUCCAGCUCGAGAGAGAAAUGGCGCUGGCCUCAAACCGCAGCCUUGCUGAGCAGAACCUGGACAUGAAGCCUCAACUUGAGAGCCAGAAAGAGACGCUGGUGGAGAGGUACUCCCAACUGGAGAGUGUCAGAGAUGCCUACAGACAACACUGUGCCCUGAGAGAUGGGAUGGUAGGCCAGGUGUCUCCAGAGGCAUUGUUCUCCAGGCUACAGACAGAGGGCGCCAAAACAGAAGCGGAGUCAGAUGCAUUAGCAGAUGAGUUUCUGGAGGGCUCCCUGCCUCUGGACUCCUUCCUUGAGCAGUUUCUCUCCCUGCGCUCCCUCGCUCACAAAAGACGAGUGAGAACAGAGAAACUUCAGGAGAUCAUCCGCCAGAGGAGUGAGAGUGGUGAUCCUUCUGGCAUGACGUCAUCAGCAUGCAUCAGCCAGGACCCGGUAGCCUCUCCAUCACCAUGGAAUCAGCCGACGACAACGACAAAUCAUCAGGCGCAGCAGCCGAGCUCCAAACCUUCCGCUCAGUCUGCCAACUACCAAAAUGUCUCCCAACCCUCCUCCUCAGCAGCAGGGGGCUCCUCCGGCCUCCCCUACAGCCCCUACCCUGUCUCUCCUCCCAACCCUGCCCCUGCAGCUGCAGCAGCCUCAGGCCCCCCUUACCCCAGCCCCAGGCCUGGGUUUGGGCCUCCAGCUUCAUCUGCCUGCCCUUACCCCAUCCUGCCCUCCUUCCCUACCCCACAUCCAGGCUCAGCGUUCGGUCAGUACAUCCCCAGCCAUCCCCAGAGUGGCCCGGCACCCUACCCCGCCUCCUACUCCUAUGGUGGGUACAGCUAUCCUGCUGGGCCCGGUUACUCCAGCUCCCAGUCUCCAACGGGAAGGCCCAUCUACAGACCGGGAUACGGCGUUCCACAGCCACACUCCUGAAAGCAUUACUCCUCUGUCUGAAUUCCUCUCAAUCCUUUCUUCUCUUCUGCCGUCUUUUAGCCUGCUAACCCUCCUCCUGCUCCCAGUUUGAUUUCAGAGGGGUCCUUUGCUUUAUUUAUCUCUUUGUUGCACUAUUUCUCUUUCUCUCUGUCUCCAUUAAUCUGUAGUUACACUUCCCUCUUUUCCCGUCAUCCUCUCACACGCCACCUGUCAUCCUCUCCCUUUCCACCACCAUCCAAUGAACCACUCUAGUCUCAGGUUGUCGCGUUGUCUUUGAGAGUUAAGAACACUCAUUGCCAUCUUUAGCCUUUCAUAUAUCCACACCUCCUCCUCUCUGUCUUCGUCGUUACUCCGCUGUUCCCUGUUUCCAGUCUCUUGUGUGCGUGUUUGUAUAAGUGUGAUGCUAUUUGGCAAUCAGAAAGCCCUUACAACACACAAGUGCACUCCCCUUUAUGAAAGAUAUUCACUCUAGAAAAAUAUCCCUUCUACGCAGCAGCACUGUUCAGUACCUGUUCUGCUACUGGCCGGGUAGACGUCGGUAAUGGACACAUGCAGAGUUUCAGUCAGUCUCCUGUACCAUCAUGAUCCUUGGAUUCAUUAAACCCAGUCAAAACCUUUCGAGGGGACGUCCCCUUAGAAAAUUAUAGCUGUUUCUAACCGUUCCUGCAAAGGUGACAUCCUGAAGCGUGAUGAGCAGUUUGCUCAGAUGCGGCCUGGUAACUCUCAGUGUGGACAAAGUUAGAUUCCUGACACCAACACAGUUUUGCAGCAGGCUAAACAAAUUUAAGUAGCCGUUGCUGUACAGUAUUUGGUGCUUUCUGGAUCAGGGUUAAGCGACUUUGACCAAGUCACAUGUCAUCCUGAUGCUAAUGGCUCUCAUCAGCCACACAGUAAAAUAACUCCUGAGGCUCAUUUGAACAAUCAUACGUCCGCAGGUUUAAAGUAGCAAUGUCUCAAUGAUAUCACCAAAAAUCACACAAGAACUGUCUCCAUUUGUUUUCCGGUGUGUUUCUAAUGCAACUUUAAAUAUCUGAAGUGAUGUUGGCUGCAACAUCAAGGUGCACUGGCUUGCUUUUCCUCUAAGCAAAUAUGAAGGGACUCUAAACUCUCGCUAGUGUGGUGGAUCUGAGUUGUUCCGAUUCAUUUACACUUUACCUCAUCCGUGAAGGGUGAGGCUUGUGUAAUCGCCAGGAAUAUAUCACUUUGCAUUUAUUUAUUUUUUUCAGAAGUUUGGACAGACUUUAGCAAUAAAACCCCUAAAGUACUUGGAUCUUGGACUUGGUUUAACACAGGAAGUCAAAUGUAACUUGAGUCUCUUGUUUAUGGAUGUGGGUUCAUCAAAACUUAUGAACAUUGCUCACAGGAAAGGCCGUGACCCACUGCUGUGUUGUCCUGAUAUACAGAUAAAAGAGAUUAGAGGAGCGACUCUACCAGUAGUCAAGAGCGGACCACCUUACCUUAAACCUGCCAAAAACAAUGUCAGAAAGUAUUCUGUUGGUUUCCGUGGAGUGAUCUCGGUUUACCAAAUACUCCUAUUUAAGAUUGACAGCCUAGAUUGUGUUGGGUUGUGUUGAGUAGAAUGAGAGGAUGACCCUAAAAAGAGAGGAAGUGGAGUGUCGUAGAGUGUGGGGUGGCAUGGUAGCCCAGUGGUUAGCACUGUUGCCUCACAGCAAGAAGGUCCUGGGUUCGAACCCCAGGCCGUCCCAGGUCCUUUCUGUGUGGAGUUUGCAUGUUCUCCCCGUGUCUGCAUGGGUUUCCUCCUCCCACCAUCAAAAAGACACGCAUGUUAGGGUUAAUACUCCUGCCUGUGCCCCUGAGCAAGAAGAAGUGGAGUUGGUCCCCGGGCGCUGCAGCUGCUCACUGCUCCUAUACAAUAGGAUGGGUUAAAUGCAGAGAACAUAUUCGUUGCAAGAAUACAAUGACAAAAUAAAGUGGCUUACUUUCUUCUAAUGUCCUGACAGGAGACAGUUACGCCUGUAGGGGUCGCUGUCUGUUCAAGACCGAUUUGAGUCAUCACAGAACUGAGGAUGAUUUAGGUUCCUCUUGUUUUCUCCUUACCCAACACACCUCUGCUGCCGGUCGGUGUCUCUCCAACUUCACUUCCUGCGCUCUCCCGCCUUUCUCUCGCCCUCCCCCCACUUUUUCCGUCUCCUCACACUUUCACUUCUCUCUCUGCCCUUGGUCAUUCAUUCCCCCCCCCCCUCUCUUUCUCCAGAUUUUGCUCGUUGAACAUGAACUGAUGCUCGACUGACUGUCAGAUGAAAAUAGUUUUUAUUUCUAAACGUUCACACCUCCAGAAAGGAUACAUGUCACUUGUGUAGUUAAAAAGAGUCACAACAUUAAAGUUGGUGGUCAGUUUACAUGUCAGCUGAAUCAAUUCAAACAUGUGAACUCACAACUUAGACAGGUCACAGCGAGCUAUUCCUUCUCAGUCAGAGGAUGCCGUGGCGAGGGAACGUACAGGUUUCUUUCAGACGCUAUUGCACGUCGGGUGAAACGUUUUCAUUUUUAUUAUGAUACACAUUUAAAGGGAGUCUGUCAAGCAAACGCACCCAGACAAUAUUUAAUUUUGUGUCACAAAUUGUACUUUUCAAGACAUAUUUUGUCGUUUUGCAAUUCACUGAUAUGGAGGGAUAAGUCUAAAUAGUGGAGCAGGCAGGUGGUGGAUAACAGUUCAGGCUGAAAUCCCAGAAUCGAACAUGUGGAAUCAAAGUGAAAUAUCCCAUUUAAAAAAAACCUUAUUGAAAUUGUUUUAAUUUAACAUUAUUUGUUUAGCUACUUCUCAUUUUCUUUCCUUAUGCCGUAUUUAAGUUGCUCGCCACGAUUUUGGCAAAUUUUCACUGGAUGGCGCUGAAGCUUCAAGUGGUUUAUUUAUGAGGGUUACCUGAAGCGUUGGGGUUGAACACCUUUUUCAGCGUGGGCAGAUGUAAUUAGUUCGCUGUCAAACAGCAGAUGAAGCACGCUACGAGGUCGUGGCCUCUCUGAAGUCCCGCCGCUGUAUGUCGUAACACUGGUUGAAAUGAAAUUGACUCCUUCAACACUUCCUUCAAAUUGUAGCCAAGAAGUUAAUUAAACGAAGCAGGUUGGACUGGGGUGACUCAUCUGUAAUUGCGCUAAGUAGGGAGGCUAAAUGAUCGUAUCAAAAGCGCGACUAUUUCAAAGGGAAUUUUUGAAUUUACCGUUCGACCCCAGACCUCUGGUUGCAGUUUCAGCUUGUUCGGUGUGAUCUGAGAGAGCGAGGCGGGUGCGGUUGACUUGUGGUCCGGUGCUGGAUGAGUUUUGUACGCAGACAGUUAACAUACCUCAGUCCGCAGCAAAGUUCAGUUUAACAUAGGGCGACGUGUCAAAGCGUUCAGUUUCACAGCAAAACUCAGAUCCAGAGGUGUGGAUUCCAGUCAUGUGACUUGGACUCGGGUCAGACUCAAGUCCCAAAUUUGAUGACUCUAGACUCGACUUGACAAAACUGAAAAGGACCAAAAUCUCGACUUUGACUUUAACACCGGUGACUCAUGACCUGACCUUCGUGACGUGACCUGGACUUGACCUUCAUGACUUGACCUGGACUUGACCUUUUGACUUGAAAGACUUGAUAGCUUUUCAGAGCCCAAAGAUAAAAUGCUUUUAAAAGGUGUGCAGCCAAUCACUCUUCAUUUCUGUAAUUACAGGUCCACUCUGAAUAAAUCCCGGCUAAAUACACGUUCUUAAAAAGUACUCGUGAUUUUUGUAGAUGUACUAUAUUAACUGUCACCCAGUUGUUAACAUUUUGAAACGGCAUUAAAUUUGAUGAAGAGUGCAUCAUGACUCGUUCAGGACUUGGGACUUGAGUGCAGAGACUUACUUACGACUUGGAAAACAUGACUCGGUCCCACCUCUGCUUUGCGACGGUCUACUUGUUUAAGAAUUGUCACUUGAAAGGCACCCGUUCGAUACAUGUCUACCUUUUUCACUUACCCGAAUCGAGCUGGAAGUGACUCUGCGGACUUAAGCGAAGCAGCUUCUGGGCUGAACGUCCCUCUGUGCCGUCUCGCUGCACGCCGGGGCCCCGCCGGCGGCCCCGUGACAACCUAUGCACCGCUGUGAUGCUAGACAGUCUGCCGCGUGGACUUCCCAAGGCUGUCCAUGUGUGUCGGAGCUCAGAUCCCUCCAUGUCAGGCAACUUGGAAGCUCCCCACCUGGUUUUACUGCAGUAGUUCCCUCAAAACCUGUUGACACCAAGAAACUAGCAAACGCCUUGUCAAAUUCUGAGACCCGCGGCGAGGGGCAGGCUUGGCCUCAUGCAUGGCUGUCGGCUGAUGGGGGCAAAAUGGGCUGUCAGGAUCAUAAGAGAUCUACUGCGGGGUAAGAAUGUUGACAUACAGCCCCCCCCCCCAUUCUCUCUCUACGUUUUCUGCUUUGUGAUUGUGUUGUUGGGAUGUUCACACAUUCGCUUCAGAAAGGAAGCUAAACUUGGCUGAUACCGGGGGGGGGGGGCACUGCAUCCCUGAAAAGCCAAGCAAGCCAUUUCUCCUGACAAUAAAGUGCAAUUAAAAAGGUACAAUGCUGUCGAGAACCAGCCGCAAAACAAUGCAACACCUUCCUAUUAACACACAACACAACAAAACAACACAACACAAAAGCGAGAAGCUGCGCUGAACACGCUGUGUAUCCAAUACUUUGUUGGUUUUGUUCACUUGAUUUUGUGUUUUGCCCGACGAGACAGCGGAGAUGUGGUGUGCUGAGGUCGGCUGUGCCAGUGAUUGUUCAAUGCUGUAGGAGGGUUUCCGUGCAACGUCAUCACAGAGAUGCGUGCGCAGCUAGGGGGCGGAACGCAGCUCCGGCGCAGAGGUUUUAACCGAGACAGCGCUCGGAUUCAGCAGAGAUGACGCGCAGCCGCUGUGCAGUAAACCUGCAGAAACCGCCAGAAGGACGCGACCCCUUUGGGAUGUUGAACGUCUUCGUUCAAAAGAUGAUGCAUCUCGUCAUCUUUUGAGAGCUGCCGAAGCGGGUUUUGCCCCCUGGCUGCGCGCGCACCCAGUAGUGUUUGUAAACAGGAAACCCGCCCGUACGGUGCAAGUGUGUGGACGCGUGGUGACGACGUCGCCUCUGGGUCAACCGAGGCGUCCUCGCGCUACAGGGUCAUACUACUCAUAGCCACUGGAGGGCGUCGAACAGGCAGCUGUGAGGUUACUGACACGAGGACUGCUGGUCAAUUAAUAUGCACUCGCUUUAGGUAUGCUCGUCACGUGUUCACAGGACUGAGCGCGCAUGGAACACAGGUCAUAAGGGGAACUAGGAGGGGGGGGCACUAUCGUCCUCCCGUCUUUGUCCUUUCGCUUCCCUUCGCGUCGUGGGUUUGAGAGCAUUACAUUAUCCGUCUGCGUCAUCCGCCAACCCUGCGUUCACGUCCCGGACCCUGCUCGCCCAACAUGCAUGCACACUUUCACGUAGAGGACGGUGGACUGCAGGACGCGGGGGUCCCUGUCAAUCAAGUCUACAAGAGGACUUUUGUUUUCCAGGUUGAAAUGUCAAAAUGUAGAAGUCCGAACGAGAAGCGCGUGCUGCAAGUGAGGAGGACUGUUCUGGCGUUAUAGCGCCCAGUCUGGAUGGGAGGGGAAUUGCGGCGCCGGUCCUGGCGUCCGCGUGACUCGCAGAGGCCGGAAGGGGGAGUCGAUUCAGAAGCGUUGAUGUGUCUUUAGAAGCACAAAGGACGAGGUUGAAGCGUUAUUAUCUGGAGGCGAAUAACAAGAGUGUACUUCAAAUAGAAAUAUAUGCUAUGAUGAUGAUGGUGACCGUAGAUUGUUGAAGAGGCUUUUUUUUCUUUUUUUGGGGGGGGGGGAAUUGUGAAUAA